GAAGAUUGUAUUCUUUGAUAUUGCGCGCAUACGAAAGAUUGCGUUACGAUCACGAGGCUUUUGACUCUGAAAUUCGACAAUAUCACAUCUAGUUUAUCCUGAACAAGAAAUUGAAUCUGCUGUGUAUAUAAUAUCAUGAAGAAAAUUACUGAAUGGAUUUUGGUCAUUUCUUUGAUUUCUGCAAUAUGGAUAUCUAAGUUGAUGGGCAUUAUCCACGUACAGUCCAGUAUUGGCAAUAUCAUCCUUAACUGGCUGCCUUUCAAUAUUUUAUUCUGUUUUGGCCUAGUCUCAGUAUUAAUCAUAGCGUAUCGUACGUAUACCUUUAAUGAUUGCCCAGAAGCAGCAAUAGAACUUAUGAAGCUUGUUAAUGAAGCAAAAAAAGAUCUUGUUUCUAAAGGUUUCGUUUCUGAUAGCUAACUACUGUAAAACUUUAACUGCUAGUGUUUUAUUUUGUGCGUGUGUAUUUAUUUAAUUUAUCUGUGAUUUAGAUUGUAUCAUACAUUGGUUUUAUAAUCUGAGCGUUUUUUAUUUAAAUACACCAAAUGAUGGAAUGUGUAGG